GGGGAGGGAAAACCGAACACGUAAAAACCUUUGCAAUGCGCGCUGCUACAUCUUUAUUUGCGCUCCCAGAGUUUGAAACAGCUACUUUACUGUAAUCUAGUCAACGCUAUAGUUACAACAGACCGACACUAAAACAUAUAAAAUAGAUGAUGUUAUAUAGUUUCUGAGUUAUGUGCAGUUUAUUCAGGGCAACUUGAUGAUAGUUAGCUCAACUAGCGUGCUAGCAGCGGCUAAUAACACGCCAAGUGUUCCAUGUUAUAUCUUAAAGUCAGUGUAAAUCAUGCUGUUAAGCUGAGUAACAUAUAUAAAUAUUCAUUUUAACCGGUCAAAAGUAGAACUGUUUUAUAAAAGUGACCUUUACAGUCUUCAACAACCACGACCUAGCUAGCUUGAAGAGAGCGUCUGAAUGAACCUCCAGUGCUUCGUUAGCUUAAUGUUAGCUUGUUAGCAUUUCUAAGGCCUGCAACCACGCAGUCUGCGUUUGUUGCAUUUCCGACCGUAGCCACGUUCACCUGGACCUCAAUAUUUAUACAUCAUUUGAACGCCGGGGUUUAUGAAACAUCUUCCGCUAGUCGGUAUAGAUAAUAUUUUUACCAUCACCGUCCUCAUCCAUAGGAAAGUCCUCGCCUCCCGCUUCAUGAAGGUCCAAGACGUCCGCCAUGAUGUCUGUGUGUGUCUCUGUGGCUGAUCUACGCAACGUCCGUACGCUAAAAAAAAAAAAAGAGCAUACAGGUCGACGGAUGUUGCGAGUUUGCGUAAAAUUACGUAAAGAAGGUGGUUUUUGCUCAUCUGCAGCCAUGAAAUUCUCCCUCGUUGCCUCUCUUGUUGCUGUGCUGGCUGUUGCCCACGGCUCUGAAGCCGUGUCACUGGUGAAGCGGGACGUCAGGUCUGACGUGGACAGGAUCACCAGGCUCAUCAAUGACAUGUCUUCCAGCAUCACCAGCGCAACCCAGGACAUGGUGGAGAAGGUGAAGGCUCUCGAGGUGUCCAACACUGCCCAGACUUACAUGGAGGACAGCAGGGCCAAGAUCCAGCCUCUGGUCGAAAGGGUCCAAGCCGAGGCCGCCAAGCUGCAGGAGCAGGUCAAGCCCUUCAUCGCCAACAUUGAGGAUCAGAUCAAGCCCCUGACUGAGAACUUGAACGCCCAGGUCAAGCCUCUGACCGACAACUUCCACGCCCAGGUCAAGCCUCUGACCGACAUGAUGGAGAAGUUCUUCCAGCAGGUGAUGGAACAGACCAAGGCCCUGCUCCCCCCCCAGUAGAGCUCGCUGUUGGUUCGUUCCAGCUACAAAAACGCACCAAGGGCUAGGGCUCACGGGAAUGCCUCACUGGUGUUUGUCUGUCAUACUCCUCUGUCUUUAUGUCAUUUGAGAUGUGACGCUUGAAUAUCAUCAUUAAAGGGGUCUGAAAGUCAUUAUUUUGAGCUGACUUAUCCUUUAUUUUGGCUUAUACGAGCUAUAUUUGAUUUGCCUACUGAGCACAAGGGUUAAUUUAUGGAAAGCUAAAGGGCAAGUACUAAAGCUGAAAUAAAAUAAAAUUUAUCAGAAUCUGAUGAUGGCUGCUCAGUGCGGUAAAUGUCGAUAUCAAUAGGACCCCUAACCUCUGGGUCAUUGGGGUUUUCCAUCAUUCAUGGUUCAAUAUUCAGAAGCAGGUUGUCAAAUAGGUUAGAGUCCAGUUUGAAGCGGGGAUAAGAUCAGGCUGAUGAGAUUAACUCAAAAAUCAUGGAUGUAUUGACUUUGAGCCUAUAAUUAACCUGAUACACAAUCAGAAUGAUAACAACUCUGUCUAUGUAAAUGUUGAACAAGUCUCACUUCACCUGUGUUUAUCAGAAAAACCUUAAAGCUUUGAGGGGGAAAAACAAGAUAAA